AUGACUGAUCUGGUUUUGGUACAUGAACGACUGUCAACAGGCCGUUUGAGGUCUUGGCGGGCGACAACAGGAUUAGGGUUACAUAUCGGCCGCAAACGGGCUCAUAAAGGAAGCCGCGGCCCAUUCAAGUGCUCCCCCGAUGCUCCACACACCUAUAUCGAACAUCUCCUCGUCCUCCCCUCGCAGUAUCCCCGCCCGGGCCGCCGCACCUCUGCCUUCCCCACCCUUGACCUCACCGCCACGUUCGGGGCUCUCACCUCCAUCCACACCCUCGUGUACACGCCCAAGACCUGCGUAACAGGCCUCGCAGCCGCCAUAGCGGCACUCCCCCUCAGAUCGCUCACCUGCCGGUACACAUGCGCGCUGCUCUCGCCCACCCUUUCCCCGCAGCGCCGCUGGGCGCUCGAGAAGCUCACGCUCUAUAACGUGAACGCCGAGCCCGCGGCCCUUCACAGCAUCUUGGCUUCCAGCGCUGCUACCCUCCAGGAGCUGCAUAUGGCCUAUACCACGGUGGGGAUAUCGCACACGGGGCUCCCGGCCCUUCCCUCACUACGCGCAUUGUGGCUGCUGGACUUUAAUGAGCUGACUAUCGCGGGGCUGCUCGGUACAGUGGCUUUUGGAAGGCUGGAGACGCUGCAGCUCGUAUCUGAUGCCGGCACUGUGCAUGGGGGACGCGGUGUUGCGAUGGAACUAGAGGCGGGGGGCGGGCUGCGGGGCCUGAGCAAAUUGAGCAUAGGCAUGCACGUCCAGGAUAUAGUACAGGUGCUGAGGCUGUGCGGCGGGGAGCUUAGGGAGGUACAUAUAGUCCACCUCGGGCACUUUGGGUUUGUGUCGGGGAUGUUUCAGGUGAUCGAUGAGCUGGGGACGAACUGCCGAGGUGUGAAGGCCGUGAGUGUCGUUACGGGGGAGGAAAUGACGAGCAGUCAGAGGCUCCGGCAGUUGAUGUGGCCACCGUUCAGCGGCUGGGGGAACCACCAUCUGAAGAUGCUGGCUGCGGGCUGCCCCGGCAUUGAGGAUCUGAGGAUAGCAGUGCACAUGGGUGAAUGCGCACCCUCCAGCUCCGACCCUCCGCUCUUCAGCAACCUCCGUAAUCUGUAUCUUAGCAUUCUCCCCGAGAGCAUCUACACAUUUGACCGCUUUGAUGAGGCGCUGCCUUCUGACGGCUCCACAGACCUCAGAUCUCCGAUGUUAGAGGCGCUGAUGGACCAGCUCGGCGAUAAGGGAAAGAUCGAGCACUGGACAGUGGUCUCGGGGGAGGCUGUCUCGUCAAGGCCGGGGGAGCAAAAGGUGGUGUUGAGUGACCUCAGGGAGACAAUUGGUCUCAGAGUGCUGGGUAGGGGAAGGUGGACGGGGGCUUUUGAGCCAGCGUGGGUGGAGGAAGACAUGUUCAAGACGGGGCUGUUGAUGUAG